AUGCCUCGUCAAUCCUCCCACCGGAGGUCCAUUCUGAAAGCUACUAGUCUGCUAUUACUCCUUCUGCCGGCUUCCGGCUCUACACAAAAAGCGGCAAAGGACUACUUCGUCAGGUCCCUGCCGGGUGAGCCCGAGGAUACUAUGAUUAGGAUGCAUGCUGGGCACAUAGAAGUUGAUCAGGCUACAAAUGGUAACCUUUUUUUCUGGCAUGUUACCAACCGGCACAUCGAGGCGAGACAACGAACCGUCAUCUGGCUCAAUGGUGGACCUGGCUGUUCUUCAAUGGAUGGCGCACUCAUGGAAGUCGGGCCUUACAGGGUGAAAGAUGGUAAACUUUCUUAUAAUGAAGGCAGUUGGCAUGAAUUUGCAAACCUCCUGUUCGUCGAUAACCCCGUCGGGACAGGGUUUAGCUACGUUAAUGGCAAUGGUUUUCUGCAUGAGCUUCCGGAGAUGGCUAAGCAUUUCGUUAUAUUUCUGGAAAAGUUUUUUGAGAUCUUCCCCCACUACGAGAAAGACGAGAUUUGGUUCGGCGGCGAAUCAUAUGCCGGCCAGUAUAUACCUUAUAUCGCAAAAGCUAUCGUUGAUAGAAAUAGAGUUAACCCUCAAAAAUGGAAUCUUGCUGGUUUACUCAUUGGCAACGGCUGGGUCGAUCCUAAGUCCCAAUACCCGGCAUAUCUCGAAUAUGCCUACUCUGCCGGACUUGUCAAGCGUGGAUCAGAUGUCGCGACAAGACUGGAAGCACAGCAAGCAACGUGUUUAGCGCACUUACAGCAAUUCGGAAACCAGAUCGAAGAUACCUCAUGUGAAGAAAUUCUCCAACUAAUCCUCAGAUUAAGCAUUGAUGACGAGAAGGAUGGUAGAAAGCAGUGCUACAACAUGUACGACGUUAGGCUGAAGGAAAAUUAUCCCUCAUGCGGCAUGGCAUGGCCACCAGAUCUAAAAUGGGUAACGCCUUACCUUCGUCAACCAGAUGUCGUUAAGGCACUACACGUCAAUUCUGACAAAAUGUCGGGGUGGGAAGAAUGCUCUGGUGCUGUUAGCGGAUCAUUCAGAGCGCGAAACUCUAAAUCAUCCGUAGAGCUACUACCAGAUCUUCUAAAAGAGAUGAAAAUUAUGCUCUUUAGUGGAGAUCAGGAUUUAAUCUGCAAUCAUAUCGGGACAGAAAACUUGAUAAAAAAUAUGACGUGGAAUGGAGCUACCGGGUUCGAAACUAGCCCAGGUGUUUGGGCACCGCGGUCUGAGUGGGUUUACGAAGGGAACCCUGCGGGUUACUAUCAGACCGCCCGAAACCUGACUUACGUCCUCGUUUACAAUUCAUCUCACAUGGUUCCCUUCGACGUUCCCAUGCAAUCGCUAGACAUGCUCGACCGUUUCAUCGGUGUCAGCAAGGAUGGCCUUGGUCACAUUCCGAUGAAGCCGAGUGGAAAGCAGAGCAGUAGUGCUGGUUCAGGCUCCAUUCCUGCGAAUGCUACUCUGUCCGACGAGGAGGAAAAAGCUGAGCAAGAGAAACUUGAAAAGGAGCGAUGGAAAGCGUAUUAUCGGUCAGGAGAGAUAGUCCUCGUCAUUGUUAUUGUUGCGGCUGGAGUUUGGGGUUAUUGGGUAUGGAGGCAAAGAAGGGCGAUGGGCGAUGGCCAUACCAACGGUAUUGCUUAUACAGGUCUCAGCCAGGGGAAGCGUUCUCGGAGGACGGCUGACAUCGAAGAUGGUGAUUUCGAAGAAAGCGAACUAGACGACCUUCACGUUGCCUCCCCUGUUUUCGACAGGGAGGCUGCUGGGGAAAGGCGGUACAGCAUUGGUGGCGACUCGGACGAGAGUGACGGUGAAACACGAAAACGAUACGAGAAAUAA